CAAGAAAAUAAUAAGCUUUUCUUCAAAUAUUUCUCCUUCUUUUUUGAUUUCUAAUAUGGUAUCAGAGCUAUAAGCUCUUGGUUCUUCUUUUAUCACUGCUUGGUUAUUGAGUUGGAUUUUCAUAUUUAUUCCAGAUCUGAAACUUUGUUGUUGGGUUCUCUUCUCCUGCAGAUUGGAUUGUUUAUUCUUAAUUCUCAUGCCCCUUUUAAGGACCCACAGACGAGACAACUUCUUGAAACUGAUCGCAAGCCUCAAUCCUACCAAGAGGCCUCUUCUAACCCUCUUUGGUAACAAGCUAUGCAAGAUGAAUUACAAGCUCUUGACAAAACUCGUACAUGGGAUUUAGUUGAUCUUCUUGCUGGAAAGCCUUCGGUAGAUUGUAAAUGGUUGUACAAGAUCAAAACUCGGUCUGAUGGUUUCGUGGAGCGUUACAAGGCUUGUUUGGUUGCUAAAGGAUUUACUCAGGAAUAUGGGAUUGAUUAUGAGGAAACUUUUGCACCUAUUGCUCGUCCUACUUCAGUUCGUAGUUUGAUUGCUAUUGCUGCUGCAAAAAGAUGGAACUUGUUUCAGAUGGAUGUGAAAAAUGCCUUUUUAAAUGGUGAUCUUGCAGAGGAAGUUUACAUGAAACCACCUCAUGGAGUUGAGCAUCCUCCAAACAAUGUUUGCCGAUUGAAGCAAGCUCUGUAUGGUUUGAAAGAAGCACCUCGAGCCUGGUUUGCGAAGUUUAGUACCACCAUGAGUGAAUUUGGUUUUACUUCUAGUCCUCAUGAUACUGCACUGUUCAUACGUAAGACUAAUCAUGUUAUGGUUCUACUACUUCUUUAUGUUGAUAAUAUGAUCAUUACUAGGGAUGAUAUUUUAGGUAUUCAUGAUCUUAAGCAAUUUCUCAGUCAUAAGUUUGAGAUGAAAGAUCUUGGUGUUUUGAGCUAUUUCUUGGGACUUGAGGUCACCUCUUCUAAUGAUGGUUAUCUUCUCUCUCAAACAAAAUAUGCUUCUGACCUUAUAUCUAAAGCUGGACUCAUUGACAAUAAGAUUGCAUCUACUCCUCUUUGAGUCUAAUGUUUGACUUACAUCCAUAGAUGGUUUUCCAUUAGUUGAUCCUACUCGCUACAGCCAGUUGGUUGGAAGUUUGAUUUAUCUCACUACAACAUGACCAGACAUAGCUUAUGCCGUUCAUGUUGUUAGCCAGUUUAUGGUUACGCCUCGCUCCACUCACUAUACAAUAGUACUUCGCAUUAUUCGGUAUAUUAAGGUACCAUGUUCCAUGGACUUCACUUUUCUGCUCAUUCAUCUCUUGAACUUCGUGCUCACUCAGAUGUUGAUUGGGUUGGAGACUCUAAUAAUCGUAAAUCCACCAC